AGCCCAGCCCCAGAGCCCCAGCAGCCCAGCAGCCCAGCCCCCAGCCCCCAGCAGCAGCCCCCACCCAGCCCCAGCCCCAGCCCCAGCCCCAGCCCCCAGCCCCAGCCCCCAGCCCAGCCCAGCCCCAGCCCCAGCCCCAGCCCCCAGAGCCCCAGCCCCAGCCCCAGCCCC